AACACGUGUACUGCCAAGCGGUAACCACUAACUAGAUAGGGGCCCUUUCCUGGUAAAAUUACCGUAUUAUCCAACUUGUUAUCCACACAUCCCAUCGUUUAACAAGAGAAAAACUGCUUGGGGCUUCCCGAAGUGGUCCUCCCGAACAUGGAGGGUAAAGAAGGAACAGGGGAAACAGACACUGAGUCUGGACUCAUCUCCGACUGGGCCGAGUUAACCCACGAGUGCCUCGUCAACAUCCUUUCACGACUCACUUUCGAGCACCGAUGGACGGGCCCUAUGCUUGUCUGCAAACCAUGGCUCAACGCCUGCAGGGAUCCCACGCUAAAUUCCGUGUUCGAUCUCGAAACUCGGUUUGAUUUCCCCGCCGAGUCACCCCGCUGGUGGACCCCCGAGUUCGAAAGAAAAAUCGACUCCAUGCUCCGAUCCGUUAUCUCAUGGAGCAACGGCAAUCUAACCGAGAUCCUUACCCGUCACUGCUCCGAUCUUUCUCUCAAUUUCGCCGCUCAAAGGUGUCCAAAUCUCCAAGUUCUUUCUGUAAAAAGCUGUCCUCACGUGACCGAUGCCUCGAUUGCUCAAGUAGCGUAUCAUUGUCGGAACCUUAAACAACUCGACAUCAGUUACUGCUACGAAGUAUCGCACGAAUCUCUGGUGUUAAUAGGUCGGAACUGUCCCAAUCUAACGGUCCUAAAACGGAACCUGAUGAAUUGGUUAGACCCGUCGCAACACAUGGGAAUUGUUCCCAAUGAUUAUCUAAAUGCGUGUCCACAAGAUGGGGACACAGAAGCAGCUGCAAUCGGGAAAUUCAUGCCUCAACUGGAACAUCUCGAAAUCAGAUUCUCGAAAUUAUCCGCUAAAGGUCUUAGUUCGAUCUGUGAAGGGUGUUUGAAACUUGAGUUUUUGGAUUUGUUUGGAUGUGCUAACUUGACUAGUCGGGAUAUUGGCAAUGCGACAUCGAGUUUGAAGGAUUUGAAGGAAGUAAAGAAGCCGCAUUUAUAUAUACCCAGGUCAGUUUUUCAUACUGAGAGGUAUGGACAUUGGAGAUUGUAUGAUGAGAGAUUCCAAACUGAUGUUUUUCGAAUCUAGGGAAGGAACAUGAUUUCAGUUUCUUAGCUUUGUAUUUGUGUAUUACUGUAUUCUGAAUCAACUUUUCUGGGAUACGUUCCUGGGAUAAUCUAUGCUCUCAAUGCCGUUGUUUUUGUGGAUCGUGAUGAAUACUUUGACAAGUACAUGCGUCCACUUUGUUAUUCCAGUGCCUAGGAUUCUUUAAUUAUCUGUCUAUGCUGUAAAUGUGAUGAGCUAAAACUCCUCUUUUUUUUUUUUGUGUUUAAGUUGACAUUGAGGUGUUGCUUCUCUUUAAUUAAUCUUGAUGUUGUGCUGUUGUAAUGGUUUCUUUGGUCUUUGUUGGAAUCGCAUUUGGUGGUGUUUUAAGUAUAUGUCAAAUGCUUUAUAUGGAAACAUGAUGAGAUAGAUGGUCUGCUUCAAACCAAGAACUCGAAUUAUUACUUGAUAUUGUUGUUAGGACGAGGAUAUGGCAGAGAUUAGGAUGUCAUAAUCAAUUUCUGGCCAAACAUUUUUGUUGUUCUAAUUUAUCAGUUGAGAGUGUUAGACUGUGGGGUGCUUCGUAUUUUGUGUCAUAAGCUGCCAUUAGAAUGUGGGACUGUUUUUCCUUGGACUUGAGUUGCAUGAUAGAGAUACAUUUGGAUGUCUAAAGGGCAUGUUUGGAGUUUUUGUUUUCCUUGGACAUCCAUAGAUGCAAGAAUCAGGUGGGAACUUUGUGGAGCCUGGACAAUGGAAAUUGUCAAUCUGCUUCUUCCCCAUAUCACGUGCUAGGCAAGCAAACCUUUGAGUUUUAGUUCCUUGUUAUUGGAAAUCCUCCAAAUUUGCCCUUCAGAGCAUUGAGUUUUCACAGUGUUCUCAAAACUUAACUCAUGAUGUCUAAAUUACAGUUACAAUAAAUCUUAAGAUGAGCAAAAUCACUGCAGCUAUAUGAGAAAAUUAGGCUCAAGUAGAUACGAUAUGACUAGAGCAAGAAUGCAAGACUCAUAUUCAUUGUUCUUGUACCAACAAUUUGAUUUCACAGUUAAGAUAUAAGUUUCGUAUUAGGUUUACCUAACCGCCUCUUUCUCAAUGAUCAUCCAGAAUACAAUCUCUAUCUUCCUUGUAGGUUUGGUUUUAAUCUUCCACUCUUCUUAUUUGUUGACAUAGCUAGAGUCGGUUCUUACAAUAGCUUCUGCUUUAUACAGCAAAUACAAAUAAAUAGGAUUCAAACCAAAAAAGUUAGUUCAUGAAAAAAAAAAAAAAAAAAGGAACAUCUUUAUAUGUUGCAUACUGAUA